GUUACCGAGGACAAACUUUCUGUUUCCAUCACACAGGAAUACCUGAGUGUAACUUCAUUGUUUUAAACGAAAUAUCCACUUAUGUUCCUAAAAGAAACUUAUGACCAUCAUGGAUAUUGUCAGUGAUGUUGGACAAUUGGUUAAUUGUGGAGGAUAAGCCUUCUGUACAUGGACAACAUAACUACACCUAGCCGACAUUAUGUUUAAGAGGACUCAGCCCGAUGUGUAUUCCGUGCAGUAUUUAGUGGCACGGAAACAGGAUUCCGGCAUCGCCUCAUCUCGGCAGAAAGUGUUGUGGCUGAUUGUCGGUGCUUUGCUGCUGAUUAGUAUAGUGACUAUCAGCAUUGUAUUGGGCGUUGUGUAUGCUCGCUGGGAGGACCACGCAUUGUUUGAGGAUAAACAAGAGGGCUCUUCGGAAGACGGUUAUCCUGAUGACACCCCGAUAAAAGCGGCCCUUCAGCAUGACGCUCUGCAGAAAGAUAGGCAAAUGCAGUCCAUCAACCCCACUGCUGUCAGUCCGUUUGCUCCUUCCCAAGAUGAUCAAGUACUAAAGCCCACUGAUGUACACCUCCACCCGGUGAUAACGCCAAAGAGAGUUUCGCUGGGACAAUUCGAGAAUGAAGUCGAGGAGGUCGAUGUGUUGGAGAUGACGAUGUCUUUGCCAGCUUCAGUCGAUGUGACAUCCCAGGAGUUUGAGCACGAGGUUGCCAAAGGUCAGGCGAUAUUUUUUAUUAUUCUACUUACUCACUGA